GCCUUUCUUGCGUCAUUCAUAGAGAUUAUCUAUACACGCAGAGGUCCGGUCCGCCAUUCCAUCCGUCAGUCAAUACAUGUACGCAUCCAUCCCGGAACGAAACACAAACCAAGGUCCGUCCGGUCGGUCAGGUCAUCUGCGCACACUAAGAGUCGACCCUGCCCACUGAUACCGCCCACUCGACGCAUGAGCAGCAGUAGCAUGAUGGUGAGCAGGCGGCCGGGGCCAGAGAGCACCGCCCCUCUGGCCGCUCUCCACAGAUCCCUCAGCAGCUGCAGAUGCGGGGUAUGAGGGGUACACGGCCCUCAGCCCCGUGUGUCGCUGGUAAGAGGGGCUGUCGGACAGCUUGGCUGAUGAAGGGGGAGGGGAUUGCGGCACGGGGCCCGUGCCGCUACCUCGAAUCAGCUCUGCCAUCGAAUUGCCCUCGUAAGCCUGAUUGAUACAAAGCGCAGCAGCACAAACGCGCACACACAAAUAUUGAGAGACACUGUGUCUGAUUGCAAUGAUGUGGUUAUGUCUGCUUACUCACCCGGAUAGGCGCCUGGCUCCUGGGGAAACGCACCUGCCCUGCGGAUGGCAGGGGGUAGGACGAUGCCGCCGUCCCGAGCCUUCUGCUGCCGGUCCUGCCCUCCUCACCAUCACGAUUAUUGAGCCGAGUGCCCCGCACAUGAUCACCCUCACACCCACCUGCACCACUACACGAAGACGGACACGUGUCCAGCCGGCUCCGCCACAGGUGGCCGCCCCCAGGCUCCCCCGCCCCCCCGCCUGGCCACCAUGACGAGCCCGGAUGCGGCUUGCGAUCAGGAUGGGUCGGCAGGUGUCGUGAAGACGGCGAAUGAGACAUGGCCUUGCGCGAAUGGCCGUCACAUGACACGGCUGGCGGCUGAGGCGGGAGGGGUGGGGGCGUAGUGGUGAGGGGGAUGUGGCGGGCGGGAGAGGGAGAAAAGCUCGUCUGCGUGUCCCUAUUGCAGCGGCUGUGGUGGUGGAGGUUAGAGGGGUUCCCUGCUGACGCUGCCCCACUCCCGUCAAAAGAGAAGGGGUUAGAUGGGCGGGGUGCCGAUGGCUGCUGGGGCUGCUCGGCAGCACCCUGAUAGUGCCGCUGGUCACCAGAGGCUGUCAACCGACGGGCCUGUCGAGAUGCGGGCGGUGUGCUGUUCCCUAGUGGAGCGUCAUGGAAGUAGCGAUGGUACACCACAAAGUUGUUUCCCUGACGGACACACAGCACAGCACAGCGAGCAGCAAGGAACAGACUGACAAUGCGAAAAGGGGAUGUGUCGUGUCGGCCCUUCCUUCCUUUGUGUGCCCCGGCCCGCACCUGUUGCGUGUAUUGCCUGAGGCCAUAGUGGCGCGCGAGAAAGUUGAUCAGCUUCGGGGAGGGCCGGUCGUACCUAAACACACAGCCGCACAAUUAAGUAUGCACAGGGCUGCGUGGGUCCGUGCAGUGCACCGCCCCCAUAUGCAUGUGUUUGCCCACGCACUUACGCUAAUUUGGCAGGGGCGUGGCUCUCCUCCCUCAACAUAUGGUCGAACAGCGCCUGCACGCAAACAUUAACCAUCCAUCCAUCCAUAAAUCCAUCCAUCCAUCCCAGAGCCCUUUCCCCCACUGCACUGGCCGCCCACCUUGCCAUGGCCACUUCUCUGGCAACUCUCAUGCACAUAGAAAUCUGACCUCUCACACCACACGAACCGAACCAACAACAGGCAUAGGCAUGGAUGCAAUCAAUGCACUUACGUGACCUCUCCCGAACACCCACCCAUCAGCUCCACUCCACUCACCCAGCACGCAGAGCGGCUCCAUCUCCCGCAUGUUGCCCAGAGGGUCACGAAUGAAGAGCUUCUUCCUUCCUACCUGCAUGCCAUUGGCUGAGUGAGUGCAUCCAUCUCUCCGUGUGGUGUGUGGUGAGGUCAGCUCCCGGCUAGCCUUACUUUGAUGAACCCGAGUGCCCUGUUGGCCUCGACUUUGCAGUACAUUCGCGUGUCGGUGCUGAGCAUCUUGACGUACGACGUUAUCGGCACCUUGAGCCCCUGAGCCCUCGCGGACGCCUCACCCAACCUGUCGACGACGCUACGCACAUGGUCCUCUGACACCAAGAGCACACACCACAAGCCACUAGAUGGUGGAGAUGCAACGACCGGUGUGCUUUGCCUUCUCACGUCGGUCAUCGGUGUGCUGCUGCGGGGCGUAUGAGCUUCCGAAGCCGUAGAGAGCGGCUGCACGCUGGUGUUGGAGCUUCAGCAGGCCCUCCCUAUCAAUGCACACAAUGCCCUGCAUCCGGACGCCCACAGCCAGGCGCACAUCAAAAGGAAACUCCAUC